AUGCCUCAGCAGUCGCCCUACCAGAUUGACAUCCCGGCCACCGACAUACUUUCCUAUGUCUACCCCGAAGGAAAAGAACCUUAUGACAAGCCAAUAUGGAUCGAUGCCGACGAUACUGAAAACUCCCUGUCACCCAAACAAGCCUUGGGCUGGAUCAAGAGGCUUGGCUUGGGUCUCGAGAAUCUCAACAUCGGCUGGGAUGAAGUAGUCAUGAUGUUUUCUACCAACCAUAUAUUCUGUCCAGUCGCCUAUCUAGGUGUCGCUGGAAGCGGUCGCAUAUUCAGCGGCUGUAACCCUGCCUACACUGUCAAGGAGAUCGCUUUUCAGAUCACCAACACUGGGGCUAAGAUCAUUCUGGUGGAUCCUAGUUUACUAAACAAUCUCCUCAAGGCUGCAGACCAAGUCAAAUUCCCUCGUGACAAGAUCUUCCUCUUUUUGGACAAACCAUGCAAAGCUCAACAAGGUGUCAAGGACUGGAGCUCUUUUCUCCCCACUCAAGAGGCUGCGGAGAGCUGGCGAUGGCACCGCAUGUCAGCCGAAGAAUCGGGUUCUACUACGGCCGUGUUGAACUAUUCAUCAGGGACUACUGGUCUACCGAAGGGUGUAAAGGUCGCUCAUCAAAACAUCAUUGCCAACGUCUGUCAAUCACUUUACAUGAGAGAGCUGUCACAAUCCUAUCCGGGAAAUCAGAAGCCACCCGAAAGAUUUCUAGGUUUCCUGCCAUUAUACCACGCCUAUGGCCAAUUAUGGUCGAUCACCGCUGCUGCGGUUACACAGACGCCUUGCUACUACAUGCGUGCUUUCAACUUCGAACCUUUCCUAUCGCACAUCCAGCGUCACCGAAUCACACACAUACAGACAGCACCUCCUGUUCUAGUCAUGUUGGCUAAGCGACCAGAGACUAAGAAGUACGAUUUGUCAUCGCUGGUCAACAUUCUCUGCGGUGCCGCACCCCUCAGUAAGGAGUUACAGAACGAGGUCAGCACAAAGUUCAGUCUCAAAGUCGUUCAGACAUGGGGCAUGACCGAAGUGACAUGUUCAUGCCUGCACGUUCCAGGCGGAAUGGACGAUCGCAGCGGAAGCGUUGGCCUAGUCGACCCAAACUCGACCAUAAAACUCAUCGACGAAAGCGGAAACGAAGUCACCAAACCAGGUCAACGAGGAGAAAUCUUUGUGCGUGGUCCAAAUGUACGUUAUUGGAAAAACGAGAGCGCCACAAAAGCCUCCUUCGACAGCGACGGCUUCCUCAAAACUGGCGACGUGGCCAUCUACGACGAAGAAGGCUGGUUCUGGAUCGUCGACCGCGCAAAGGAAAUCUUCAAGGUCAAUGGCUUCCAAGUCGCCCCCGCCGAACUCGAAGCCGUGUUGCUCGAAAACGACGACAUUGCCGAUGCUGCCGUAUGUGCGCUCAACAAAGACCAUGAGGAUUUGCCUAGAGCAUAUGUGGUGUUGAAAGAGACGGCCAAAGGCAAGGUCAGUGAAAAGGAUGUGGUGGAGUGGAUAGCGACAAAGGUUGCGAAACACAAGAAGCUUUCCGGGGGUGUCAAGUUUAUUGACGAGGUGCCCAAGAGUCCGAGUGGAAAGAUUCAGAGGGUCGUGUUGCGUGAAUGGGCAAAGAGGGAUGCAGACCAAGGCACAGAGAUAAAGGCUAGAUUGUAG